ACGUCCAUGCCAUUUUUCCUAUGCGAAUAGCGUACUCACCACAGGCAUCUUGUCUGUCCUGCUCCCCCGUUUCCUCUCUUUCCCAACUGGACUCUAUCUCUCUCUUUGGUCUCACCUCUCCCGACGACCACACCACCGAUCCGACCGCCUCUACUCUUCUCUCGCCUUCCUCUCUCCGACCACUGAUCUCCUCUUGCCGUCCUCCCUUCUCUCCUCUCUUCUCUCUACCAUCCUCAUCGAAGAUUGAAAUCCCAAGCUCAAGGAUAUUCAGUUUUUCAGUAUCAAGAGACGCCGGCGAGGGAGAGAAGCUGAAGAACUGUAUUUGGUUGAGAGAUUUGAAAAUGGAUGAUGCAGAGAAAAAUUUGAUAGAGCAUGGAGAGGAGGAAAGGGGAGAGAUUAAGAAGAGGGAGGUUGGAGGGAUUAAACCAAUUCCAUUCAUCCUUGGUAAGUGUUGUUUUCGUUUUCGGUUUCAUUUUGUUGCUCUACUUGUUUUUGUUAAUUUCUCUCUACCAAUAAAUAUAUAGCAUAAGUUUGUUAUUUUUCUCAAUUGCAAUUAGUAUACAAGAUAAGUUUAGCGAUAAAACUUUCUUCUUCUUUCGUUCUUAUUACCUCCAUGUACUUCUUUAUUUUGAGUGAACAACAACAACAAAAAAAAAAAAAA